GAGCAGGGCAAGGGAGGGGGGAGCCGUGGGACAAAGAGGCCGGUCGGGAAGCAGAAGGAAAGAGAGAGAGAAGGGGCUUGGCAGGCUCUGCUCCCGAUCCAGAGGAAGGGGCCACAAGGAAGGAGGCGCUGCCUGCCGGUCCCCACGCGCAGCUCCUUUCCUUCCUUUGCUUUCCUGGGGGAUGGCGGCGCCUUGCAGCCCGGAGAGCGGGGCGCCUGGGCGGGCUGGCCCGGGGGGCUCCGUGGCGGGCCCUCGGGUGUACUUCCAGGGCGCCCCUUCGCGGGCCGAGGAGGAGGAGGAGGGCGGCGGGGGCGAGGAGGAGGAGGGCCCCGUCCGCAGGCAGGGCCGCGUCACCGUCAAGUACGACCGGAAGGAGCUCCGCAAGCGCCUCCACCUCGAGGAGUGGAUCCUCGACCAGCUGUCCAACCUCUUUGACUGCCAGGAAGAAGAGAUACCCGAAUUAGAGAUAGAUGUUGACGAACUCCUGGACAUGGAAAGCGACGAGUCUCGGAGCGCCAGGGUGAAGGAACUGCUCGUCGACUGUUACAAACCCACAGAGGUUUUUGUGGCCGACCUGCUAGAUAAGAUCCGUGGAAUGCAGAAACUAAGCACCCCGCAGAAGAAGUGAACCUGUCCAGCGACCUUUCCAUCGUGGCGGCCCUCCCUUCCUCUUUGGAGUUUGCCAUUGAGACUCUGGCUCUGCUGGGUCGUAAGAGGGAUGGGGCGCUUUCACAGCUCUGGCGGAGAAUCACUUGCGAGAGUGGGGAGACACUCCUUUUCGGAAUGCUAUGAUAAUCAAACCCAUCCGGACACCUGUUUAGCAAUACCGACCUGUUCCUCCUCGUCUGUCCCCAAUUUCAAGUGGAGCAAAAAGAGGGCAGGGAGAGGAACACGUGUGUUCUCCGGGGAGGCGGGCUGGUCUAGUAGGAACUUGCAUUUCCUUUUCUUUUUUUAGGAUGUUUGGGGUUUUUUUUAAUUAUUGUGUUUUUAUAUAAAUUUAAUAAAGAUGCUUUGAGAACAAGA